AUGGCGACAAACCGAUUCGUGUGCGAGACAUGCAAUAAAGGAUUCCAGAGGGACCAAAACUUGCAAUUACACAGAAGAGGACACAACUUGCCCUGGAAGCUCAAGCAGAGGAACAAACACGAGGUGGCCAAGAAGAAAGUGUACGUCUGCCCAGUGCCCGGCUGCAUCCACCACGAGGCUGCCCGGGCGCUGGGGGACCUGACCGGGGUCAAAAAGCACUACUCGAGAAAACAUGGGGAGAAAAAGUGGAAAUGCGAAAAGUGCUCCAAGAGAUACGCGGUGCAGUCGGACUUGAAGGCCCAUGCCAAGGUGUGCGGCACGCGCGAGUACAAAUGCGAUUGCGGUACUCUCUUCUCCAGGCGGGAUAGCUUCAUCACCCACAGGGCCUUCUGUGAUGCCCUUGCCCAUGAUACCUCAAAACCAACAACACAAGACAACCCACUUUUCUUUCCCAUCCAAACAGUCCCUACCACUACCACCACCACCACCACCACCACCACCCAAUUUUCACAACAAAACAUAAACUUCAACAAUUUCCCUCGUCACCAUCUCAAACAAGAAAGCCUCCCCUUGUGGCUAUCCCCCGACCCGCCAAGGGUAGAACCGUCAUUUCACCAAAACCCUACAAACGCUAACGGCACCAUUCCAUUUCCGUUCUCAUCGCCAUCUAAUUCCCUCGUGUCGGCUCGGAUGAGCCGAGUGGGCCCGGUUGGCCUGCUGCCCGAAAACGAAUUCGGGCACGUGCUCGGGAACUCGGGCAGCAUGCAUGAUGACGUGGGUAUGACGUCAGCGAACGGUGGGUUGGGGUUCAGCGGGUCGGUUCUUGGGUUCGGAUACGGGUUUAACGAGAUUUUUGAGUCGGGGAAGGGAUUGACGAGGGAUUUUCUGAAUAUGGCGGCUCUGGCGCAGAUGGGGUCUGAGCCGUUCGAUCAACACGAUCAUCAUCAAGUUCGACAGAAUAAUCAAGGGCCGUGGAGGUGUUGA